GCCGACCUUUGUAUUGCAGUGGCCGGCUGGGACGGAGAGAUGCUACCCAUUGCAGUGAUUCCGCUUUGCGAAAGCUGUGGCAUCCUGCAGUCGCUUCGGAGAGCCGAGGUGCGACCCUCGGUGGCAGCACCGCUUGUGUUGCCUGAAGCUGCUGAAGGACCAGAAGCAAUGGCUUUAAGUGGAGCUCAGCUGCUGGUGGCUCUGAGUUCGCGGCUGAAGGUGUGGGAUCUUUCGCAAACAAGGCAGCUGGGCGAGUGGACUUGGGCAGCUGCAGUGUCAGGAUUCAAGACGGUUGGAAUCUGCAUAUUGCCCGAUGCCAGUUGCGAUGCAGAGCAAGGGCCCUCCAGCAGGUGUGGGCUGGAGUCCGCCUGGCUGCUGCUUGGCCACGGCCCUCUUGGGCCGAGCCUUCAUCGAGCUUCCAAGCAGCUUUGA